GGGCCGAUAGGGAGAGUGUUUCUCAUGUCUCCCCCAGCUCAGCAGCAGCGCUUGUGACAUCACUCAGAGCAAAGGGAAGAAGUCACCCAGCGGGGAAUCCUCAGCAGCAGGGAUCCCAGGAGGACAGAGUACCCGGCCGCUGCACGUAGUGCAGUACAGGGGAAGAAGAAGAGAAGAAUAUAAACUGAGCAGGCACAUAUCCGCCACUGAGGAGGAACACACACAACAACAAUAGGCGGCCCAGGACCAAGUGCUGCACUGUGCCCCUGUGUCUGUCAGUGGGUGUCUUAUUUAUACUGACUAUAUACAGGGAGGACGGAAUCUUCCUUAUCCUGCGAUCCUUAUAUUAUUCCUCCCAGCCACCCCUUCCCUAAACCAUUGCUUCUCCUUUCCAGCCAGCGGAGGGGAGGAGGUGGGGGGAGUGUAUUGUGCUGGAUGUAGUGUCGUUCCCCUUACUGCCUUGUGGAUUUUGGAAAGAGCCACGCUUGUGUUGGAUGUUGUGGUUACAUGUAGAGGCUGCACCUACACACACUGCUCCGGGCAAUGAGGGGACUUCGCCACUUCUGGGAGUGCAGUGCACUUUGGGGCAGUGAGGACCUGUCAUCUGCUGUGGGGGACUACUCUCUGCUCCUGCACUGUUACCCCUGCUGAGAGGGGCCGCUUCCUGGCUUAUUCCUUCACACUGGGGGAAUUGGAAUGGCACGUCCCUGCGGAUUAUUCUCGGACUGAACUGUGCCCAGAUAUGUGCCUCACUCACAUGAAUGCCCUCCUAGCAGCCGCACACCACUCUGGAAGCACAAGGGGAGUUGCAGAACCUUCGAUUUAAAAUUACUUCUUUGAUUUUUUUUUUGUUUGAUUGGAUGCGUGCCACAUAUACACACACACACAGUGUUUAUAUCUGUAUAGAUCCGUCAGCUGGCAUUCUGUCCACCGGGGAGGUGAUGCCAAUUGCCUCCGGCUCAGUACAGCCCACCCCUCCGGACUCCAGCCUCUGUACUCAGUGUCAUCCGGUCCAAGCAGACAGGCUCCGGGACCCCAAGCAGCAGCAGCAGCCGCCAGUGGGAGGCGGUGACAGCGGGGGUGGUGGAGCAGGAGGUGGGCUGUUGCCGUUCCCGAUUUGCCUCGAUCCCAGGCAGGCUGUAGCAGGGGCCGAGGCUGCAGCGGCGGCGGCCACCAGCAGAGAAGCUGGGCUCAGCAGUAGCAGCAGAUUGCUGGCUCUCGGCUCUGCCUCCUCCCAGCAGUACCCUCCUCUUCUGCAGCUCACCCCGUCUUCCUCCUUCUUCCAGUCUCUCUCCUCUGCUUCCUCUCCCCCCUCAUCUCCGCCACCUCCUAUUGCUCCUUCCUUCCUAUUCCCAGCUUUCCUGGAGCCCCCAAGGACUAGAUCCAGAUCUAGGUCUGGAUUCAUGAUGAACCAACAGCAACAACAGCAGUUGCAUGGCAUGCCUGGGGUGCACCACUACCACCACCACCAGCUCCAGAGCCCACCACCUCUCCCCCAUCUUAUAUCCUCUGCCCUGCGAGGACCAGGUAUGGACAGAAAUGACAACAGCCCCCCAGAGGGAGCGCGACAACCCCACAGCCCUCCAUUAGGUACAAGAAGGAGAGUAAACAGUCCGACAACCCAUGACCACCGUCACCACCACCACCAUCACCACCACAUACUGUCCCCAGCAGGUCAUUUGGGCCCCUCGUUUCAGUGUCAGCCAGUGCAUCAAGACCACAUAUACAACGAUGACAACGAAAAGAACGAAGAUAGUCCCAGCCCAAAAAGACAGAGAUUGUCAAAUUCGGUUUACGAUUACACAGUGGCAUCUCCUGCACCAUCACCGCCAAUGCGACCAUGGGAGAUGACAUCAAAUAGGCGGCCUCCAUCGGCUCGUCCCAAUCAGCACCACUUCUCAGGGGAAAGAUGUAACACACCUGCUCGCAACAGAAGAAGCCCUCCAGUUAGGAGACAAAGAGGAAGAAGGGACAGACUGUCUCGCCACAAUUCCAUUAGCCAAGAUGAAAAUUAUCUCCACCUCUCUUAUGGUCAACAGCAGCCAGUAGAGGAGCCCAGGGCUUUCCACCCACCGAAUGUAUCCCCUCGCAUGUUGCACCCGGCUGCACAUCCACAACAGCAGAAUGCUGUAAUGGUUGACAUUCAUGAACAGAUUCACCAGGGCACAGUGCCAGUUUCUUACACUGUCUCAACAGUAGCCCCACACGGAAUCCCUCUCUGUACUGGGCAACACAUCCCAGCUUGUAGUGCACAACAGGUACCAGGCUGUUCUGUGGUCUUCAGUGGACAGCAUUUACCAGUCUGCAGUGUGCCGCCUCCUAUGCUUCAAGCCUGCUCAGUUCAACAUUUACCGGUCCCCUAUGCUGCUUUCCCACCCCUUAUUUCCAGUGAUCCUUUCCUACUGCAUCCACCACACCUUUCCCCACAUCAUCAUGCUCAUUUGCCGCCUCCUGGCCAAUUUGUGCCCUUCCAGACACAACAGUCUCGCUCGCCUCUGCAAAGGAUAGAAAAUGAGGUAGAACUGUUGGGUGAACACCUACCUGUGGGUGGAUUUACAUACCCUCCACCUGCUCAUGCACCAACGUUACAGCCAACGGCCCCAUUACAAUUCAUAACUCAUGAUCCUUUGCACCAGGAGGUUUCCUUUGGAGUUCCUUAUCCUCCAUUUAUGCCUCGGAGACUAACUGGUCGUAGCAGAUAUCGUUCACAACAGCCAAUACCACCACCACCUUACCAUCCAAGCCUUUUACCUUAUGUUUUAUCAAUGCUUCCAGUGCCUCCUACUGUAGGACCAGCCUUUAGCUUCGAGUUGGAUGUAGAAGAUGGGGAGGUGGAAAACUAUGAGGUUGGUGCAUUGCUAAAUCUAGCCGAAAGACUUGGUGAAGCAAAACCACGAGGAUUAACAAAAGCAGAUAUAGAACAGCUUCCAUCAUAUAGGUUUAACCCGAACAACCACCAGUCAGAGCAGACCUUAUGCGUAGUGUGCAUGUGUGAUUUCGAGUCAAGACAGCUACUAAGAGUCUUACCAUGCAACCAUGAAUUCCAUGCGAAGUGUGUCGACAAAUGGCUUAAGGCAAAUCGUACCUGCCCUAUUUGUCGAGCGGAUGCUUCAGAAGUGCAUCGUGAUUCCGAAUGACCAAUCUCAGAGCACAAUUCUAGCUCGGGUGUUCCUAGUCACGUGUGUGUAUGUGUAAUUUCAAAUGCACAUGCGCAACAACUAUCCAUUUGAACUUAACCCGUGUGGCUUCCAGCCUAUACUUUACACAAAAGGGUCUACGGACCUCAUUUUGCACUGUGUGAUUUUAAUCAAUUAUAAAGCUUAUAAUUAGUCUUCACAAUUAUGGGAUUGUUAUACUAACCGUGUGAUUGGGACUCCAAAGAUUAUUAUCCUUUUUUUUUCUAUUCCUUAGCUUAUUUUGUGUGUGCACUAACAUUCCCUGGUUUUCGUGUGAUCAUUCCGAGUGUAUUUGCUGCAAGAUUACGUGGAUGUGAUCUUUUAGCAUGUGCUUUUAUAUUUAAACGGAAAAUAUGAAACAAAAUACAGUGGUAGCUCCAAACCAUUUAGCAAUCUACCUUAUUAUAGAGCCUUCAGAUACUGUGAGAGAGAACGGUUGGAAUGUAAGAUUGUGUGUUAGUGGCAAUGUUGCUUUGUAUGUUGGCUUGUGUCGAGCACAAGAGCGUGAAUAUGUGCAGUUGGGAAUUUAUAUACCAGCAUGUACUGAGAACGUAUGUGAGUAGUAUUACUUAUGCUGCAUUGUAUAAUCUUGUGUGUUAUUUAAACAGUACUAGUACUGUACACUGGUUUCUUUUGUGUUUGCAGUUGCACACUGAAUGCGAAGGGUGUAGCAAUCUAUAGGCAUUUCAUACUGCUUGGUCUCCCUUUUCAUAUGUCUUUGUUUAUUUUUUUUGUUUUUGUUAAAUAUAUAUAAAACUUUUUAAUGCCACUGCAGUAAAAAUGGGAAAAGUGCAUCAAUUUAUUUAAGAAGUACUACUAGAUGACACUACAGACGUUUAUUGCAAAUUGGGCAACAAAUGAACUAAACAGUUAUUAACUAUAAAGCCAUAAGUAUAUUUUUGGGUGACUGUACCUCUUGUGUAUGUAAAUUGUGCGGUUUUGUAGACUUUUACAGUUUCCUUAAAUAGUUAAAUUCUAUUUCAGUUAACUUAUUUCCACCAAGCCAUUUCACAUGAGGGUGACAGGUGUAUGUAUUUUGUAUACUCGGCUGUAGGUGUUUAAUAGGCAUCUCUUCUGCGUGCACUCUCUCUCAACUGAUGCUUAAUUUUUUUUUACUGUGCCUUAUGCAGUAAAAAAAAGGUGGUGUUAUCAGUACCCACAAGAAAAUACAAAAAUUCUGCUGAGCUUAUACAGAUUUGUCUUUUUUGUUAGGAAGUUAGGUAGAGUCUUUGGAAACAAAACUGCCUUCAUUCAGCGUGAACUGGAACUUCCAUAACCAGCAUUCGCUGAUAUAUUAUGGUCAGAGUAGUUACAUGGAAGCAUUGUGCUCCCGUUAAGAAGGUUUCUGCACUGCUGCUUUUACAAUUUGACGGUUUCACUGAUGUGUUGCCUGUUUGCAACAAAAAGACCCAGCAAAGGAGGCAUAACUGGAAAACUAUGUAUGGAUGUAGUUUACUGCCUACUUCUGUCCGUGUGUGGGGUUUAUUUUGCCAACACUCAGAAUUACUCUGACCUUUUUUCCAGUUUAAAAGUAGACCUAUUGCUAAGAAAAAAAAAAUUUCUUCCUUCAUUGGCAAAGCACAAAUGUUGUAUGUCAUGUAAAGCUUGUGUUCCAGAAAUAAAUACAGGAUAUAGUUAUUUUUUUGAUAUUUUGUUCCACUUUUGCAUUUCCCUAUUUCCAGUGUCAGAUUAUAGACAUUAGGUUAGGUAUGGCAGCUGUUUCGUGGGAGGACAUAAAAUUGUUUUGUUUUUUUUGGUUUGUUUUGUUUUUUCAAAAUAAGUAGAGCUGGUAGUCCGUUUUCUUGGGCAUUGUAAGGUUGGCACAUUGUACUCAGCUUUACACACACUAGAGGCAGCCAUGUGUUGGGCUGAUUUAUUUGCUGGGAGCUAGAGGCAUUUCUGAGCCAUGAUGCAUUAAGUGCCCAAUGUCAGUCACUCCAUAGUCACAGACUGCAUUCAAAUUAGUUGUGUGCUUAUUAGGAUUAUGACUGCUCUAUAGUUCUUCUUUUUACAUUCACAAGAGGAACAGUCAGUUGGUGGACUUGGUAGCUUAUUUUGUGAUAAAAAAUACUGUUGGUAACAUAUAUUUUUCAACUGCACUUUUUUCAUUUUCCCCUGCAUUGCUGCUUUAUGGGUAUCUUUUUUUUUUUUUUUUUUUUUUUUUCUUUCUUUCUUCCCCCCCCCCCCUCUUUCCCUGUUGGUUGCAAUAGCACAAGCAGCACAGUUAUUGAUCUUGCUGUAUUUUGCCGCCAGUCCCAGCUUUAAGUUAGUUAUGUGUAUGUCAUAAAUGGGGCCGCAUGUCUGCCCUGUGCUUGUCACAGUUCUGUGUCUCCGACAGUGUUAUCUGUUACUUCAUGCUGCUUUCCCUUUAUCCGAGCUUUUGGUUCAGUGGACUAAACAAAAGCACAAUUUGCCUAUGGUUUUUACACACUGUUGCCUCCAUUACCCAAUAGCAAAUACAGAACAUUUAACUUUUUUUUUUUUUUUUUUUUUAAAUAACAAAUAUUAAAGUCUGUAAAUGCCACAAUGUUCUCUAACCAAAUACACAAAACUUGAUUGUGGUAUCAUUUUAAAUCAAACUCCUCUUUGAACUAACCAGCCACUGGCCAUUGUCACAUUUUUAAUAAACUUCUAAAAUUAUGUAAUUGCAGACGUUGUACAUCACUCCUCUUAUAGUGCUACAAAUACUUUUUAUAUACUGCGAAAAGUUUUUACUUGUAUAGAAUUAACACUAUUACACUCAAUAUUCACUUUAUUAAAGCAUGCAAGCAUCGCACUUUUUCUAGCUUAGACUGAGCUAAAUGGGGAAAUAAAAAGUCUAGGGUACACAUUUAAUAAAGUUUUUGUUCACUUUCUGGCACAAUGCAGUUUUACAGGUUUUUUUUUGUUCUUCAAAAUGUUUCAAAAGUAAGGUCACUAUUCAGAGUUUUCUUCUACACUCUGGAGGCUGGUACUUCUAGAAACCUCUUCCCCCUUUUUUUUUUUUUUUCUCCCUGUUUGCAUGCGUCUCUAGCAGACGUGUGCGGAUUUGCUUCCUGCGGUUAAUGAAUCUAUAAAAAGCACACAUUCAUGCUUUAUGAACCAGCUCUGACUGCUACAUAUUUCCCAAUUUUUGGGGUUAUUUUUAAGGCCACAAUAUGUUCUGGAGUCAGGAUCUUUCUCAGCUGUUACUGCCAUAUGUUCUGUAUCUGAUGCCUCUAGCCCUAGUCUGCAGUACUGCCUGUCCUGCACAAGAAUCAAUACAGAUGUUGUCCUCUCCCACUCUCUAGACCAGACCUGGCCAUCCUGCAUGGUCAGGGCUGCCCUAGACUUUUUAUCAACUGUUGGCUACAACAUCCGGCAUUCUGUCUGUCUGUUUUUCUUCUCACUUUUGCAUGACAUCCUUGCUUUUUUUCUUUUGCCUUUUGUGGCUCUUGUCUACAAGUGGUUAUCAAGGCCUUUUAGAUGUUCAGGUUUUUAUUUGAUAAACAUUGUUUUGUUUUAUAAUCUGUACAAAUAUGCCUGGCCCUGUUGCAGUAUUUCUCUCUCCUGCAUCCCCCCCUCACACACCCCCAUUAAAUAUUUCAAAUGAAUUAUCUUUAGGCCUUACAGGAAGGAGCCUUUGUGUGUUUUCCCCUCUUGGUACAUUUACAGUUACCUCAUUUUGCUAUUUAUGUGUUUCAGAUUGCCAAUGAAAGCUUAUGGAUUUUAUUGGAUUCAUAUAUAUAUAUUUUUUUUUUUUUCUUUAAAUCAUUAUUGUAUCAUUUAACAUGACAUGUAGUUUUAAAUGUAUUAUAUAAAUAUCUGUAACCAAAUCAUUUGAAGGCUUGAUAAAUUUUUAACAAUUUGUACAUUUUUUAUGAGAGAACUAGUAAUGCUUUACUAAGUAGUGCAAUGAUUUAUUUUUUAUUUUAUUUUAUUUUUUAUCCCUGUGUCCAAUUUUGGAGUUGAGAGGGUUGUUCAGUAAUAAAUGUAUGGUGUACACCUAA